GGGUGGUUAAUUCGGAGCCUAUCCAGUUUCGGGGGGGAAGGGACUGCGAUGGGCCUGCGUUAGGCUGGCUUAGGGGGAAAAAAAAUCCUUGAUCUCUUCUUCAUCCGAUAAAGUGGAAAAGGAGCUUUUGGCCCAUCACACGCAGCCGGAAGGAAUUUUGCCGCAAUCUGGCCCAGAUUAGAGGUUCUUUCGGGUGAUGGUAAAAAAACAGAGAGGAAAGAUCCGCCUGGCACAGCAUUGCUGGAUUUCGAUUAGCAUUGAUUGGUGGGGAGCGGAGCGAAGGAGAUGCGUAAGCAGAGCAAAAAGCACGAGGAGGGCCCUCCUGUGCCCUUUCAUCCCGUUUAAAGCGGUGUUUCUCAAUCUCGGUAACUUUAAGAGGUAUGGACUUAAACUCCCAGAAUUCCCCAGCCAGCAAAGAAUUCUGGGAAUUGAAGUCCACUCUUAUUAAAGUUGCUGUGAUUUGAAAAACAUUGCACCCACUGGGUCCCUGCUCCCUUCCCUUCUAUGAUUGAUGUAACUGGAAGUUCUGUUCAGGUCUUUUCCCCAAGGAGCCGAAGGACGUGAGGCAACCCUUAUUUAUUUAUUUAUUUAAUCAAAUUUUUAUACCGCCCUAUCUCCCGGAGGACUCAGGGUGGUUUACAACCUGAUAAAAACACAAGAAUAAAUACAAGAUAAAAACACAAUUAAAAAAACUUAUUGAAUUAGGCCAGAUUUAAAAUUAUAAUUAAAAAUAAUAAAAACCCCAUUAAAAACUAAAUUUAAAAUUAAAAUUCUAGUCCAGUCCUGCGCAGAUAAAUAGAUGUGUCUUAAGCUCGCGGCAAAAGGUUUGAAGGUCAGGAAGUUGACGGAGUCCUGGGGGAAGUUCAUUCCAGAGGGUGGGAGCCCCCACAGAGAAGGCCCUUCCCCUGAGUGUCGCCAGUCGGCACUGCCUGGCGGACGGCACCCUAAGGAGUCCCUCUCUGUGAGAGCGUACGGGUCGGUGGGAGGCAAUCGGUGGCAGUAGACGGUCCUGUAAGUAACCCGGCCCUAUGCCAUGGAGCGCUUUAAAGAUAGUUACCAAAACCUUGAAGCGCACCCGAAAGGCCACAGGUAGAAUAGAAUAGAAUAGAAUAGAAUAGAAUAGAAUAGAAUAGAAUAGAAUAGAAUAGAAUAGAAUAGAAUUUUAUUGGCCAAGUGUGAUUGGACACACAAGGAAUUUGUCUUGGUGCAUAUGCUCUCAGUGUACAUAAAAGAAAAGAUACGUUCAUCAAGGUACAACAUUUACAACACAAUUGAUGGUCAAUAUAUCAAUAUAAAUCAUAAGGAUUGCCAGCAACAAGUUAUAGUCAUACAGUCAUAAGUGGAAAGAGAUUGGUGAUGGGAACUAUGAAACGAUUAAUAGUGCAGAUUCAGUAAAUAGUCUGACAGUGUUGAGGGAAUUAUUUGUUUAGCAGAGUGAUGGCCUUCGGGAAAAAACUGUUCUUGUGUCUAGUUGUUCUGGUGUGCAGUGCUCUAUAGUGUUGUUUUGAGGGUAGGAGUUGAAACAGUUUAUAUCCAGGAUGCGAGGGAUCUGCAAAUAUUUUCACGGCCCUCUUCUUGAUUCGUGCAGUAUACAGGUCUUCAAUGGAAGGCAGAUUUUAAAAAUUAAAGAUGUCUCUUAUAUACCAAAAAGAAGAAGAGAGAGAGAGAGAGAAAGAAAGAAAGAAAGAAAGAAAGAAAAAAAGAAAGAAAGAAAGAAAGAAAGAAAGAAAGAAAGAAAGAAAGAAAGAAAGAAAGAAAGACAGACCAGACAAUCAUGCAUCUUUUCUGCGGCAUCUCCCUUAAGCUGGUAUCUGUCUGAAUAGUUCCUUGAAAAGGAAAACUAUCUGGGUUGUCGUUUUUAUUUUUCAUGCUGAAAAGAAAAAUGUGAAGUGAAUUCAUGGUUCAGCAGCCUGCUGGGCUUUUUAAUUAGUGGACUAUGAGACUGGGUUUUUUUUUAAGCUCCAAGGAAUGACGUAUGGGGAGAAGAUGGCAAAGACAGAAGCAGUAGAGUGCUUUUCUCUGUAUGACAUCAGUGCUAUUGUUUAUACCAAAUCUGCACAUAGAAUUAUUUUGCCCAUGAUUGCUGAACUAUACAAUUUAAUAAUAGCAAUUGAGCAGAGAGAAAUUACCCAUGAAGCUUUUGCCAAUUUAGAGACAACUGCAGAAGAAUUAGCAAAAGCUACGGAAGAACUUGGCUGUAUUGCUAAAAGGCUGGCUGAAAAAUCUGGUGAUGAGGUCCUUGAGAAGGAGAUGGUGUCAGCAACUCAAACUCUCCUGGUAUCAGGGAAAAACAUCCUUCUUGCUGUUCAGAAGCUUCUCAUUCAACCCGAUGUUUGCAGCUCUGUAGAAGAAUUGGCUGUUUCUGCAAAAAGGAUACUUGUGGGAACCAUAAAAGUUCUCUGGGCACAAGAGGAUUCCACCAUCAGGCGGAUAAUCCAAGCUGCUCAUUGGCUAUUUGAUUGCUUGCUGAUGCUGGACUCUGCUAAAGAUGUAUCAGCAGUGCUAAGUGCUUCUCACCCCUUUUCAGAGACUCUUCUGUUAGUCACCAAUCUGACAGAAAGAUUCCUUUGGGAUCUUAAAGAAUCUUUGCAGCAGAAACAUUUAGCUCAAACCCUGCAGACCCUUAAAAACAGCAUCCCUAUGUUAUUCACAGCAAAAGUCAGCCACCUUCAGUAUCCCCAUGAGCAACAAAUGAACCGAUCCAAAAAUUACAUUUUUGACUUAGCAAAAAGUAAUGUAAAAAAGUUGAUAUCCCUGUUGAAGAGCAACAUAGGAAGAACAAAAAAACUGCAUGAAAGGUAUGGCUUUUUUCCCCAGCAUUUGCAUCAAUUUCUAGGCCUUAUGUCUAGUCCACAGCCAAUUCAUCUACGUGAAGAUAAAUUAAACUUACCUGUAGAAGUUCUAAUUUUCUAUUGCAUGCUGUUUGCUGAUUCAUCAAGAGCAACUCUAAAGCAAGAGCUAAUUCAACUUUGUCGUCAUUUACUGAAAUUCAGAAAAGCGAUUGUGGAUGUAAGCACAUUUAAUGGCUUUUCAAAGGAAAAUAUAAAAGAGGAAUGUUUUGUCGUGAAAACCGAAUUGGAACAUCUUAAUCAAAUAAUACGUUCUGCUGUUAUCUAUCAGAUUUUUGAUAAUUUGGUUGAUAUUAAAGACCCCAUGAGGAAACUGAUAGAAGCUGCUAUGGAGCCAUGUUCUCAUGUUGGAAAGGAAGGCCUCUUAAGAAAAUUGAAACCUUUGAUUACCACAUUCUUCAGUCAUUCCACACAGAUGCUUAAAGCAGCCGAUUUGAUUCUUGUUACAUGCACAGAAAGGGAAACUGUUGAAGAUAUUGAACAGUGUAUAAACCAAUUUAAUAGGCUUCUUGCCACAGUGCCUGGUCUCCUGAGUGAACUGAGCCUUUUUCCAGGAAAUGGUGAUGUGUCUAAAAAAUUAAACUUCUUGUCUCAAAUAUGGUCAAGCACAACAGAAAGUUUGAUGAUGUGUUUGGACAAAAUACUUGAUUUGCAUGAAUUCCUUGAUGCAUCUGUUCAAGAGAUGGUGAGACACAAAGAAGCAAGUGAAAAAGCUUUAGAUAUGCAAGACUUCGAACAUUUUUUGGGGCACACAUCUAGAUUGUGCAGACAAGCAACACAGAUAGUUGAGUUUAUUAGUAGAUUUGUGGCCAAAGCCAGAGAUCCCAUUUUCCGGAAUGGGCUCUUGGUUUUAAUUAAACAACUGAAAAAUGCCAUAACACAGACAGAUGAUAGCAUAAAUUUGUGUAUGGUAAAAAUGACCAGUCUGCAAGCUAAAGAAGAAUAUUCAAAGAGGACAAAGGAAUUGAUAGAGUUUGCUUGUAAUGUCCAAAAGGGGCUAGAUGAAUGUAAUCAGCCAGAUAUUCUUAGUCCACUUCGGGAUGGUGUCCAUGAUUUCAAUAUUUCCAUAGAUGUUCCAAAGGCUCUUGCUUCACAGGAUCCUAUGGAAUUUAGUACACACAGUUUCAUAAAACAAAAUAGCUCAAAUAAUGCAGAAUUGCUGGUCGGGUCUUUGGACAAAUUUAAACCGCCCUAUUGUCCUUCUCUGGAAUUUCCCAGAAGAAAUAUUAUAUACCGGAAAGAUGCAGUCAGAACUAUUGAUUUACACCCACUGAUUAGAGAGCUGACAACAGCAACAAGUAUACAUGAUGCCAUACGCCUGAAUGGUAUUUGUGCUGAUUUGCUGGAGCUGGCUAACUGUUGCAUUGAUGCAGCUAAAGAAGCCUUACGGAUUGUUGAGUCACCUAUGUCUGAUAAGCUAUUGCAUUAUAAAGAAAUAGUGGGGUUAAUCCCUCAUUUUAUUGGAUUAGCUAGAGAAGUAGAGGCAAACCCUGUUCUCAAUUCAGAGCAACUGCUGCAAACAGCUAUUUUGCUUUCUGAGAAGAUUGAUGAAACAAAGCACAGUCUGACUUUUGUUGUAAGUUCUUGGUACAGGCUGGCAAGGCAGUUAAUUGGCUUUAUGCCUCCAUGUAGUUCUCAUGACGAAAUCCAAAGUUUCGAUGAGAUCAUGGAGAUUUUAGAGACGCUGGUUCAGUUAAUUAGCAAAGUGGUCCAUUCAGAUGACAGAAAAUUGCUCCCCGAGUGUUCCAGCCUUCAGGAAAUUUUCCUGCGAGUUCAAACUAAGUUCACUUGCGUACAAACCAGAACAAAAUACCUACUUGAAAAAGCACAGGAUAUUAGUAGAUCUCAUCCUGAUUUCACUAAACAGGACAGAUUUGAUGCAAGUUGCAUUCUGUGGUCUGUUACUAUCCAAGCAUUGUUAAAUAUUGUAGAUCAGUUUAUAGGAAGAGAUGUAUUGGCCCUAAAAGAGUUACAAACUAAAAUGAAAUACCGGCUUUGCUUGCAGAGCACACUGACAAUAGUAUCUGAAAAUUCUGUUAGAAUACAGGAAGCUGCUAAGUUGUCAAUUCUGUUAUGUGCUAGACAAGGUAUUGAGAAUGAGAUUCCAUCUCAAAUAGAACAGAUCAAAAUAUUGACAGAAUCUCUGCUUCAAGUUGCAAAUGCUCUGGCAGUCUCUCCAAUUGCUGCUCCUAGUUUAUUGGUUCAGUUUGAAGUUCUCCAAAGAAAACUUGCCCUAACAGCCAAAGCCAUCUUGCUUCAACUGAAUGGACUCAAUGGAGAAUACUUGAGCAGCAUCCAGAGUGUUGUCAGAUUAAGCCAAUUUAUAUCACAUGGCACUGGAAGUAACAGUGACCUCAUCCAAAAGGAGACCUUUGGAAGAAAGGCAGCCUUCCUCAAAGCAAAUAUCCAAAUGGUGGACAAAGUCAUCCGGGAUGCACUGGAGGAGCCAUCCAAAUUCCCAAAGCUGAAAGAGAAUUUACUUGCCACUACAGGGAACCUUCUCCUUCUUACUGAUGAAAUUAUGGGACUAGCUGGACAAUUCCACAGCCAAUUAGACCAGCAUCAUCAUCUGGUAGAUAGUCUUCUAUAUGAGUGGUCUGCUAAAGCUGGUUAUCUUGUGAGACAGCUUCAGUCCAUGAAGGGCAUCAGUGAAACAGUUCUGCAAGUUGUUAGAAGGUGCUUACAAAAUGAUGAGGAACAUAUUUAUUCCAUCCAGCCUUCCUCAUUGAAGAAAGAAGAUUAUACGCAGCAUCAGAACACCCUAUCCUCAGGACACAAAGCCAUCAAGGCUGGAGAAGGAUUUUUUUCUGCCAGUAACAAAAUUACCAUGUAUUCGGAAGAUCUUCCAAGUGAUUUCCAGCCUAGUCACUCUGAAUGCAGUUUGAGUCCAACUUCCUCACUGGGAGACUUGGAGAACCAUGGCUGUCUUAUUUCACAAAUAAUUGAGGAAAUGAGAGUUCAAGUGUCAUACAUGGCCCAGUUUCUAAAAAGGAAAGGGCCAAUCAUGACCAAAGAGGAAGUCAUUGCCACGGCUAUUCAAGUUAUUGCUGGAGGGGACGCACUGGUGAAAUUUGCUGGCAGAAUUACAAAGGAUUGCUUAAAUGAAAGAUGUGCAGCUGAACUGCUGUGUGCCUUGGAGAAAACCAAAACAAUUAACUAUCAACUUAGCAUCGUUACCCGGGUAAUUGCAUCAACAGGUAGCAGUAGAUCGUCUGUGGAACAUCUUGUAAGCAAUGCUCAAAAUCUGUUCCAGGGAAUUCUUCAAAUGUUUAUGGCAGCAGAAGCCGCUUGUGUCAAAGGUUUGCAACACCCAUCCACUGAUACAGAAGAAUCAAAUACAGCUACAUUUUGCAGCCAAUCGAGGAAGAGUCUUGGUUGGUAUGGGGCGAAGGAAAGUUUGAAUUCAGACAAAGAGGAGCUCGGACUCUGCAAAACAGGACUGUGGCCCAGCCCACUUUCACCUCUGUGAUCUUGGAACUUCAUUAUAAUAGCAGUAAAUAGUCCAGUCCAGGGGUGAAAUGUAAAAUUUAUUACUACCGGUUCUGUGGGCGUGGCUUGGUGGUGGUGGGAUAAUGUGACUGGGUGGACAUGGCCAAUUUUUUUUUUUUAACUUUUAAAAGCAUUUUUUUCUACAACCUCUUCAGCCGAUGAUCAGGCAACUCAGCUGGGAUCGGCAGAGGAGCCUUUUAAAAGCAUUUUUUCUACAACCUCUUCUGCCGAGUUGUUUUAGUAAAAUAUAUUCUUUACUUUAGAGACCCCUGUAAAUAUAAUAUUGUAUGCCUAAGACUCCAACAGACAGAUGUCCUGGAGAAUACUUCAAUAUUUCUGAAUGUUACUGUUAACUACAUUGGCUGACACAAUGUACCUUAGAUUAUGUUUUAAAAUACAAAUUAUAGCUAUAAAAAAACUAAUCCUUUUUAUUGGCUCGCUUAUUCUCAUCCAACAGCUGCCAUUAAGCCUGGGUGCAGAUAUCGGGUGGGGCGGGGUAUGUCAAUUGCAUAUUUUAAAAUGAAUGGGGCUUCUGUUGAUCGAUCACUCUGCUAAUCAAAUAAUUCCAUCAACACUGUCAAACUAUUUACUGAAUCUGCACUACUAUUAAUCUUCUCAUAGUUCCCAUCACCAAUCUCUUUCCACUUAUGACUGUAACUUGUUGCUGGCAAUCCUUAUGAUUUAUAUUGAUAUACCAUCAAUAUGUUAUGAUUUAUAUUGAUAUGACCAUCAAUUGUGUUGUAAAUGUUGUACCUUGAUGAACGUAUCUUUUCUUUUAUGUACACAGAGAGCAUAUGCACCAAGACAAAUUCCUUGUGUGUCCAAUCACACUUGGCCAAUAAAAAUUCUAUUCUAUUCUAUUCUAUCACGCCCACAAUUUUGAUGUUGGGGGAAAGGGUGCUAACCUUGAUAGAAACAUAAGAGACUUCCACAGAAUUCCCAUUUCAUCCUAAAUUUAAUGCUUGCAUCUCAAUGCUUAGCAUUUGGAUGUCAACCCCUCUUCACCUCUUUACACAAUUUAUUCAGUUUGCUUAGUGAACUUUUUUCUCAAUCAUUUGCCCUAAUUACUUUAUGCUACUCACCUUGCAAAAGUGAAGCUUUUGAUUUUUGCAAGAUCAAAAUUCAGCUGUAAUAUUUUGCCC